AUGCCACACAAGGUCACCAACGAUUCAAAUUCGUCCUUAGCUAGCGGAGGCAGCGGUGAUAGUACCGACAGCAGUGACCAGGUCAUCGUCACUAAAGUGCCUGGUAGGUCGAUCAUUAUACAGCCCGAACGCACAACCCCUACCCUGCCUACCUACCGCGGCAGUCCAAGGUCUGGCAGCAAGCUAACGACGCCGCUACCCACAGUGCCAGCCGCGAAUCCCAACACCAGCAGCCGCCGCCGCCGCCAGCCACCGGUCAUCAUUCACAACAAGGGCGGCCAGAUCUACGAUGAGACCCGGCCAUCAGACUGGGACAAACAGCGCUGGAAAUAA